UGCUACUGGUCAGUUUCGUCUUAUUAGACUUACUGUGAUUGGCUGGUUUGGUAUCCUACACUUCGGGCCGUCCGGCUUUGUGAUUGGCUGGAUUUUGGCGGGAGGAGCACAUUUGAAGUUAGCGGGGUUUAUAGGUUUCUCUAUUCCCGGAAAUUGACGAUUCUCUUCGUGGUGAAGCGGCGGCCGGACCUCACACCGGGAGACCCUCAGGUCUCCAUCAUGUCGCUCCAGUUCAGUAUCCCUUUGGCCUUUAAGGACUUGCUGAAGAGCGGAGGAGUCGGUCAAUACGUGGUCCAGGAGGUUCUCCCUGUACGACAGCUGCCUGCUGACCUCAAUGCUUACAAAGCCGCUCUUCGUUCCCAGGGUCCUAAAUGUAUUGUACAACACUUUGAUUCACUCUACAGCAUCAUUUACCAUUUCCGCUCUGUGGAUGUUGCACUGAAAGAAGAUUUGCUUGAACUGCUAGUAAAAGCAAAUUCUCAGCAUGCAAGUGAACUUCCCUCAGUCCUGGAAGAUUUGUCUCUGGCUACAACAGAACGUGAUCUCCACCUGAACAUCCUGAAGAUGAACUGCUUUCUCCUUCUGCAUCUGGUGGAAGCAUUUGAAGUCGAAACUUAUAAAGCUGCUUUGGGGAAUGUAGAGCCAAGUGGAAAGGGCAAAAAGGGAAAGUCCAAAGUCGAUGGCUUUAUGUGGGAGAACGAGAGGGAGAAUGUCCUGCAAACUGUCACACAUCUGCUUCAGCUGGAUAUUCGGCGUCUUUGGAAUAUGUCGCUGAUAGAAGAGGAGUUUAUCAGUAUGGUUACUGGCUGCUGUUACAGAAUGAUGGAGAAUCCCAGUAUUGGAGCACUAAAAAACAAGUCUUUGUGGGAAGCCUUAUCACAUUUGCUUGGUGUGGCAGUGAAGCGCUCAAAUGACAUUCUAAGUGUCAGUGUGAAGGUUAUUCAGCUUUUGCAGCACUUUGAACAUCUGGCUCCAGUGUUAGUACAUGCUUUGACUCUAUGGGCAACCGAAUAUGGAAUGAAGUCUUUGGUUGGUGAAAUCAUGAGAAAAAUUGGCCAGAAGUCAUGUCAGGAUCUCUCCCGGGAAACUGCAGGAGUGAAGACUUUAUAUACCUUUAUAACUCAGCUGUCGGAGCGGAUUCCAGCAAUCAUGAUGCCCAAUAUUAGCGUUCUUCUGGAUUACCUGGAUGGAGAACCAUACAUGAUGAGGAAUGCAGUACUGAAUGUAAUGGGGGAGACAGUUAUUCGAGUCCUCAAUGGAGAGAAUCUGGAUGAAUCAGAAAAAAACACCAGGGACAGUUUUCUAGACACUCUUCAGGAACACAUACACGAUGUGAACGUCUAUGUUCGUUCUUGUGUUCUGCAGAUUUACAAUCGAAUUGUACAAGAAAAGGCUCUACCAUUGUCUCGUUUCCAGUCAGUAGUGACGCUUGUGGUCGGUCGUCUAUUUGACAAAUCUGUGAAGGUCUGCAAAAAUGCUAUACAGGUUCUCGCGUCUUUUCUGGCUAACAAUCCUUUUACUUGUAAGCUUAGCAGCGCUGACUUAAAAGGUCCUUUGGAAAAAGAGACCAAUAAGUUGAAGGAACUUCAAGAAAAACAAAGAGGAAAGCCCCCAGUGGUGGUCAUCUCUGCGGAAGAAGAAUGGGAAGCCAUGUUGCCUGAACUGCAAGAGACCCUGGAUGCCCUUGAAGGGGAAGAAGAGGAAAGUGAAGAGGAUACCGAAGAAGUGGUAUCUCCCCAGCAGCUAUCUGAGCGCAUUUUGAUCCUCUUAAAGAGCACCAGUUACAAAAAUGCCAUCCGUUUGGUAAAGAGAGGCUUCACUCUUUUCCCAGAAGACCCUCUGUUUUCAGUGGAGCAGGAGGAAAACGAAGCAUUGACCACAAUUCUGGAGAAAAUAUUUACUGCAAAGGAUAAAAAUUUGGAGCCCACAACCGAAGAUACAGAAGUGGCCUCUGAGCAAUCGGAGGAACAGAAAUCGGAGCUGAGCAAACAGGAGAUGUUGGUGCAGUACUUGACUGAUGCUCACCAUUUUGCAGUAAAGAUAGAAGAAGCUAUUGAUGUGAUAAGCAAAAUGAUGUAUGAAGCUGCAUCAUCUGUGGUGCAAGAAGUCAUAGAGUUCUUUGUGACUGUUUCACAAUUUGGAGUACCUCAGGCUGUAAUUGGGGUACGUCGAAUGCUGCCUCUAAUAUGGUCAAAGGAGCCCGGUGUUCGUGAUGCUGUGGUUGGCGCAUACCGGCAACUAUAUCUUUGUGCCAGUUCAGAGUCUGAAAGGGUGAAAGCUCAAAAUUUUAUUCGGAAUCUGUCAAUGCUCAUGGUAGACUCAUCUGCUGGAGUUGUCCAGUCUUUGGAGGAGAUAGUUUUGGAGUUUGUACAGAAAGGUGAAAUUCGGGCCUCUGUAACACAGUUACUUUGGGAAAAGUUUACCCUUAAGGUGUCUUGUUCUAACGUGGAACGUCGUGCUGCCGUCAUGUUGCUGGGUAUGAUGGCUCGGGGCCAAUCAGAAAUCGUACUUAGUAACUUGGACACUCUGGUGACAGUGGGCUUGGGUCAAGAAGUGCAGAAGGAUUACCAACUGGCUCGAGAAGUGUGUAACUGCAUCUUAAAAAUCACAGAAAGCCAGAAGUCCACUCUUGGGAAGAAAUCGCCACCUCUUCGUCUUCCAAGAGACCAUUCUCUUUUCCAAAAUCUGACAGAAGCCGUGGUUGGAGGGAUCACUCAGCAGAGCAUGCACUGGUUAACCUUCAAGGAGACUGCUAUUAAACUAGUGUAUGAAAUUGGGGAAGAACCUGAGGAAAUUAGUACAGAGAUCUUGCACAGAUGCAGCCAGCAGAUUCUGCAGGAACUGAACAGCCAAGGGGAAGCUUCCACAGUACCGGAGUUUCUCCUCACCCACCUGCUGUCCCUGGCCGGUGAUAUUGCUCUGCAGCUUGUGGUACACCUGGAAUGUACAGUUAGUGCAGAGCUGAGGAGGAGACGAAUCUUGAAGGAAGAGCAAGAUGCUGAAAAAUUAGGAAAGAACAAACAAAGGAAGAGCAAGGGGAAUGAGAGUAUGGAGGAGGAAGACAUGGGUCUGGUUGGUGCAUCCGCUGAUGACGCAGAAGCUGAGCUUAUACAAAGAGUCUGUGACAAAGAGCUUCUUAAUGGGCAGCAAUACCUCUCUGCAUUUUUGCCUCUUGUUCUCCGUGUUUGUAAAAAUACGGGGAAAUACAAUGACCCAGCCUUGUGCACAGCAGCCACUUUAGCACUUACAAAGUUUAUGAUGAUCAGUUCAGAUUUCUGUGACUCUCAUCUGCGUCUUCUUUUUACACUUCUGGAGAAGUCUCCAUUGCCAGGGGUUCGAUCAAACAUCAUGAUUGCCUUAGGUGACCUCAGCAUCAGGUUUCCCAAUCUUAUCGAACCAUGGACCCCUCAUCUCUAUGCCAGGCUUCGGGAUGAGUCUCGUGAAGUUCGUAAGACCUCAGCCAUUGUAAUGACCCAUCUGAUUUUAAAGGACAUGGUAAAGGUUAAAGGUCAAGUCAGUGAAAUGGCCGUGCUCCUCAUAGAUUCAGAUAUAGAAAUAACCUCUCUGGCCAAGAACUUCUUCACUGAGCUGUCUAACAAGGGCAAUGCUGUGUACAACCUUCUACCUGAUAUUAUCAGCCGCUUGUCAGACCCAGACACUGGUGUGGAUGAAGAAUCUUUCCACACAAUCAUGAGGCAUCUCCUGUCGUACAUAACCAAGGACAAGCAGACUGAGAGUCUAGUAGAAAAAAUGUGCCACAGAUUCCGUACAGCUCGGACUGAGCGUCAGUGGAGGGAUCUCGCCUAUUGUCUCGCCCUUCUGCCAUUCUCUGAGAAAGGUCUUAAUAAAAUGCAAGAUUGCUUUGACUGCUAUGGGGACAAACUAAGUGAUGAAGCUGUGUACAACUCCUUCCUAACAGUUAUAGGAAAAAUGCGCAGAGGAGCGAAGCCUGAGCUCAAGACUCAGAUUGAUGAGUUUGAGCACAAACUUAGUGUUUGUCAUAACAAAGGCUUAGAGAACAUGGACGUCCCAGGAGAAGUGGCCCAGAACGGAGACUCCUCACCUUCAGCUGUCAAGAAGAAUCCACCUGGUAAGAGACGUCCUCUUAAGUCUGUGAACAGGGCUACGAAAGCUACAGAAGAAAGUGAAUUCCAAACCCCCAAAUCACGUGUCCAAAGAAAAAAUGUCAGGAAGGUGACCGUGAAAUUCUCCAGUGAUGAAGAGUCUGAGUCUGAAGCAGAGAUGAGUGAAGCAGAGACCCCUAAAAAUCCUACCCCAAUCAGACGCACAUCCACGCGAUCCCGUGCCCGGUGACCUGGUCUGUGAGAGGACCCUCUAUGAUCACAUUGUGUAUAACUUCUAUGUCUGAGCCUUUUUUUUAUAUGUGCUUCUUGUAUAAUAGUCUGAUUAAACAAUCACGCUCUUACACUUCCUUUUGUGGUCAGAUUGUAUCUACUAUGAUAAGCAGGAACAUUAAACUUUUGGGGCAAAACUUUACGCUGUAUUUAC